AUGGGGAGCAAAGAUAGCAUGUUUAGGUAUGCUGAUAGCUUCGACAAGUUGUUGAUGUUAUUGGGAACUUUGGGCAGCAUCGGAGAUGGAUUGCAGUACCCUUUGACUAUGUAUGUUCUAAGCACAGUAAUCAAUCAAUAUGGAAAGGCCGGUUCUUCCAUUUCGGACCACACUGUGGACAAGUAUGCUCUCAGGUUGCUGUAUAUUGCAAUUUUGGUUGGACUUUCUGCUUUUAUUGAGGGAAUUUGCUGGACGAGAACUGCUGAGAGACAGACUUCCCGAAUGAGAAUGGCAUACCUCAAAUCAGUUCUCAGACAGGAAGUCGGCUUCUUCGACACUCAAGAAGCUGGUUCUUCGACAACCUAUAAAGUUGUCUCUACCAUUUCUUCUGAUGCCAACUCAAUCCAAGUUGCCAUCUGUGAGAAGAUACCAGAUUGCCUUGCAUAUGUGUCCAAUUUCUCCUUCUGCCUUUUAGUUUCAUUCAUCCUGUCAUGGAAACUUGCAUUGGCAGCUAUUCCAUUCUCCUUCCUAUUCAUUGUUCCUGGACUAGUAUUUGGCAAACUCAUGAUGGACGUAGGCAUGAAGAUGAUAGAGUCUUAUGGAGCUGCUGGUGGGAUUGCAGAACAAGCAGUUUCUUCAAUAAGGACUGUUUAUUCAUAUGUGGCAGAGAAUCAAACACUUGAUAAGUUCAGCAAUGCACUCCAAAAGACCAUGGAACUUGGAUUUAAGCAAGGUCUUGCGAAGGGCCUGAUGAUGGGGAGCAUGGGUAUAAUAUAUGUCGGUUGGGCAUUUCAGACUUGGGUCGGCACUAUUUUGGUCAGUGAAAAAGGAGAAAAGGGCGGUACCAUAUUCGUAGCUGGAAUCUGUAUCAUCAUGGGAGGCAUAUGUGUGUUGAGCGCACUCCCAAACCUAACUUCCAUUGCAGAGGCAAAGACUGCCGCUUCAAGAAUUUCUGAAAUGAUCGAUCGUGUCCCAACAAUAGAUACAGAAGACAAGAAGGGAAAGGCCUUAUCAUAUGUGAGAGGAGAAAUCAUAUUCAAAGACAUAUACUUCAACUACCCAUCAAGACCUGAUACACCAAUACUCCAGGGGCUCACAUUCAGGGCUCCAGCAGGGAAGACUGUAGGUCUCGUGGGAGGCAGUGGCUCCGGCAAGUCCACAGUCAUUGCCCUGCUUCAGAGAUCCUACGACCCGCUCGAAGGAGAAAUUCUUCUCGAUGGCCACAAAAUAAAGAGGCUUCAGUUAAAAUGGUUGAGAUCACAAAUGGGGCUGGUUAACCAGGAACCAAUUCUGUUUGCUACAACUAUAAAAGACAAUAUCCUAUUUGGGAAGGAAGGAGCUUCAAUGGAAGAAGUGAUGACAGCAGCUAAGGCCGCAAAUGCACAUGAUUUCAUUGCCAAGUUACCAGAAGGGUAUGAGACUCAGGUUGGUCAAUUUGGCUUUCAGUUGUCUGGUGGUCAAAAGCAGCGAAUUGCCAUAGCAAGAGCCCUCAUCAGAGAUCCAAAAAUCCUGCUUCUUGAUGAAGCCACCAGUGCCCUGGAUGCUCAAUCUGAAAGGACUGUGCAGGAAGCAAUUGAUAAGGCUUCUGCAGGGAGGACGGUAAUCGUAAUUGCUCACCGACUCUCCACAAUUCGGACAGCAAAUGUUAUUGUGGUUCUUCAAGCAGGAAGAGUUGUUGAAUCAGGAUCUCAUGAUGAACUCAUUCAAACGAACAAUGGAAAGGGUGGUGAAUACCUUAGGAUGGUUGAGCUGCAACAAAUGGCUUCUCAAAAUGAAGAUUUCAACAACUUCAGCGACCAAAUUGAGGGAAGAAGGCAUCACCGGGUGCACGCUGCACCGAGCCCAAUCAGCAUGAGAUCAAGUGCUCAAAACAGUCCAGCACUGAAUCCAUUCAGUCCUGGACUUUCUUUUAGUGCACCCUUUAGUGCACCAUACUCAGUCUCCAUUUAUGAUCCAGAUGAAAGUCUAGAAGAAGAUUCAGAAAGCUCAUAUUAUCCCCCUCCUUCCCAGUGGCGUUUGCUAAAAAUGAACUCUCCCGAGCAGGGCCGAGCUCUCUUGGGAUGCUUGGGUGCCAUAGGAGCCGGAGCUGUUCAACCAAUAAAUGCUUACAUUGUUGGCUCCGUCAUAUCAAAUUACUUCCGACCGGACAAGUCUGUGAUGAAGUCUAAAUCCAGGGAAUACUCCCUCAUAUUUUUAGGGCUUGGUGCAUUCCAUUUUCUCUCCAACGUCAUCCAACACUACAAUUUCUCAAUUAUGGGAGAAAAAUUGACCAAGAGGGUACGAGAGAGUUUGCUUGGAAAGCUUAUGACUUUCGAGGUUGGGUGGUUUGAUCAAGAUGAGAAUACAAGUGCUGCUAUCUGUGCGAGGCUAUCCACAGAGGCGAAUAUGGUCCGUUCACUCGUGGGUGACAGGAUGUCCCUGUUAGUUCAAGCAAUUUUUGGGGCUUCUUUUGCUUACGGUCUAGCACUUGUGCUCACAUGGAGACUAACCCUAGUGAUGCUAGCAGUGCAGCCAGUCGUGAUUGGGAGUUUCUAUGCCAGGAGUGUCAUGAUGAAAAGCAUGGCAGCAAAAGCACAAAAGGCACAAAAAGAAGGAAGCCAGUUAGCCAGUGAAGCCGUCAUCAACCACAGAACCAUAACUGCCUUCUCUUCCCAAAAAAGAAUGCUAGGGCUUUUUGCCGCCACCUUGAGUGGUCCUAGGAAGGAGAGCAGCAGACAUUCAAUGUAUUCAGGCUUGGGCCUGUUUUGCUCACAAUUUUUCAACACUGCUUCCUCGGCUUUAUCUUUCUGGUAUGGUGGGAAGCUCCUAAAUCAACGUUUGCUAAGUCCAGAGCACCUCUUUCAAUCAUAUUUAAUUUUGGUAUUUUCUGCUUAUGUUAUUGCUGAGGCCGGAAGCAUGACCUCCGAUAUAUCCAAAGGAAGCAAUUCCAUCAAGUCAGUUUUCAUGAUCCUUGACGGAAGAACUGAGAUUGAUCCAGACAGCCCAGGGGGAGUAGAAUUAAAGAGGGGUCUUAAGGGUCAAGUGGAGUUGAGAAAUGUCUUCUUUGCAUACCCAGCAAGGCCAGAUCAGAUGAUCUUCAAGGGGUUGAGUUUAAAAGUCCGUGCAGGUAAAACAGUUGCACUUGUUGGGCAGAGUGGCUCUGGCAAAUCUACCAUAAUUGGGCUUAUAGAAAGAUUCUAUGAUCCAAUGGAAGGAUCUGUGCAUAUAGAUGGCCAGGAUAUAAGGAACUACAACCUGAAAAAUUUGAGAUCCCACAUUGCACUAGUCAGUCAGGAGCCUACCCUUUUUGCUGGAACCAUCCAUGAAAAUAUUGCAUAUGGAAAAGAAGAUGCUAGAGAAUCAGAAAUAAGAAAAGCUGCACUUCUUGCCAAUGCCCACGAAUUCAUAAGUGGCAUGAAAGAUGGGUACAACACAUACUGUGGAGAAAGAGGAGUUCAGCUAUCAGGAGGCCAAAAACAAAGGAUAGCACUAGCUCGGGCUAUAUUGAAAAAUCCAUCAAUCCUUUUGUUAGAUGAGGCUACCAGUGCACUAGACAGUGUAUCAGAGAGCUUAGUUCAAGAAGCACUGGAAAAGAUGAUGAUCAAUAGGACAUGUAUAGUUGUUGCUCACAGGCUAUCCACUAUACAGAAGGCUGACUCAAUCGCCGUCAUUAAGAAUGGAAAAGUUGCAGAACAAGGCUCACAUAAUGAGCUUAUAUCCUUGGGACGUGGCGGUGCCUACUACUCUCUGAUCAAAUUACAGAGCGGCAGCUCCCCCUAUCGCUAAAAGUAGAACACAGACAGAAUGAUAUCUU